UUUUAUGAUGAGUUUUAAACACAACAACUUACACAACAAAAAAAUUGUUUUGGUUUGUGUAAAAUAUCUGAAUUGCGAACAAAACGAUGUCGUGUCGCAUCUCCUCAAGCUGGCAAAUCUCUCCGGUUGUGAAAUUAGACAAGGGAACUGAUUCUGUUUCCGAAUCCAAGCCAAAACCGAAACAAAGCCUAAAUCUCUCUCUACUCUCUCUCAAUCUAUCUUUCUGUCUUCAAAACCCCGGCUCUGCAAACAGCACAGCUCACCUGCAGCAGCAGCUCAACCCAAAAUGGAGGGGCUUUGGCGGGCCGCGACGGGCCAAGACCCGAGCCCAGAAGACUACACAGGGAUAGAGUUCUGGUCCAACCCGGAACGCGCCACGUGGCUGACCAAGCAAGGCGAGUACAUCAAGACCUGGCGGCGCCGCUGGUUCGUCUUGAAACAGGGGAAGCUGUUCUGGUUCAAGGAUGGUAACGUUACCCGCACGUCGACACCGCGCGGCGUGAUCCCGGUGGGCACGUGCCUGACGGUGAAGGGCGCCGAGGACGUGGUCCACAAGCCUUGCGCCUUCGAGCUCUCCACCAACACCCACGACACCAUGUACUUCAUCGCCGACUCGGAGAAGGAGAAGGAGGAGUGGAUCAACUCCAUCGGACGGUCCAUAGUCCAGCACUCGAGAUCACUCGCGGAUUCCGAGGUUGUCGACUACGACAGCCACCGAGGGUGAUCGUCUUCAGAAAAAUCGAUUUUCAUGGUACAGUAGUAGCAUCGCAGUAUAAUUAUUUUUCUUUGUUCUUUUUCUACUUAAAAAGGAAAUAGUUUGUUUGAUGCAAUGUUUCUCUUAAUUGUUGAAGUUUGGUGCUUUUCUGGUUCUUCUUCUUAUCAAUGGACAAUUCAGGCUGAAUUUUGUUUAUCUGUUGCUUGUU